GGGAAAUCUACAGACAGGCUCUCAAAUCUGGCAACAAGGCCAAAGACCUCUUCUUGAAGGCCCUGGAGGAGAACGACCCGUACCUGGUGGAUGACCUCAGGGAGUACAGGAAGUAGCAGAGCCAAACACAUCUCGUCCCUCUUGGAGCUGAGUGUGUAGCUUCUGUAAGAGAUGACCACUGCCAAGAGGUCCAUCAAUGAAUCGCUGGAGAACCUCUCCAGGAGCAACUUUGAGAAGUUCCGCCAGGCUCUAGUGGACCGUCCCGGGGACCAGCGGGUGCCGCUCUGCCAGGUGGAGGACCAGAACCGAUUGGAGGUCACCAACGUGUUGGUGUCCACCUUCACCCAAGCUAAAGCUCCGACCGUGACCUCUGAGGUCUUGAGGCAGAUCGGAUGCCACGACGAGGCCAAGAAGCUAGACGACAAAAUGAGAAACCUGCUCCCGCUUCACAGGUUGCCCCAAGGUGAGGUCAGCUACUUCGCUACACGUGUAAAAAUAUGUAGUCUUGGUUUGUUGUUUAGUUUUGUCUCCACAGCAGGAGACGGAGAUGGAGAUGGAGACGGAGCUGCAGCCGUGAUUGCCGUGAGACGCUCAGACGUCUACCGGGUGCAUUAUCACGAGGAGUCUGACAACAAUCAGUCCGAUGAAGACGAUGACGAUGAUGAUGAAGACGAAGAUGACAACGGUGGCGGCAUUGAUCAAGUUGUUGAAAGUGUAUCAGACAUGUUUGAGAACACGAUGAUGAAACUCUGCAACCGGGCUAUCAAAUUUGGCAGAAAACAUUUUCUCAAUUAGGAGUAAUGGUAAAUCCUGAUGCACAUUUGCAUCCUCAUAGGAUACUUUUACCCUGAAUACUCGUGUACCUCCACUUACAUUACUGUGCUUCAUCGGGGUCAUAUACUGGAUCUUAACACAGAUUACAGAUUACGGUAUACAGUAUACUCUGCCAAAUGCAUAUUGUAUCAUUUCAGCAGUGUUCAUACUUGUUCAAACAUGAAUAAUUCAAGUUCAUUUCAAUUUUGAACUAC